AUGGCCGAAACAAAGACCAACUUCCAAAAUCAAGCAGCUUCUAUUCGUACCUUAGAGGUACAAGUUGGUCAGUUGGCCAACAUGAUGGUGGAUAGGCUUCCAGGUAAUUUGCCAAGCACAACAGGGGUCAAUCCAGUGGAGUACUAUAAGGCAAUUACCUUCAGGAGUGGUAAGGAGUUGGUUAAACCAGAGCAAAAUAAGAAGCCUACAAAAAAAGUUCAACAAACAGAGAUUACACUAGAACCAUCCACUAAGAUAGUUGAGGACACUGUGACACCACAGUUAGCCAGUUCACCGACCAUUCCAUUUCCUCAACGCCUCAAGAAAAACAAAAAGGAUAAGAAAUUGGGACUUGGAGAGGUGAGACCGACCACAAUUUCAUUACAGCUAGCUGAUAGAUCAAUAGAGUACCCAAGGGGGAUCAUUGAAGACAUUCUUGUCAAAGUAGGAAAAUUCAUCUUUCCUGUGGACUUUCUAGUGUUGGAUAUGGAGGAAGAUGAAAACAUGUCUAUUAUUCCGAGAAGACCUUUCUUGGCUACAAGAAGAGCGAAGAUUGAUAUUAGAGUUAGAAGAGCUGAAACUAACAGUUCAAGACAAGUAUCUAGUCCUUUGAUAUUCGAGUUUGGUGCACAUUAUGGAGUGAGCCGGUCUACCUGA